GCCGGAAGUAGUGUAGGCGCGGGAGCAGAGCAGAGUGGCCUAGCCGCGGGAAGGGAAGGGUUGCUGGUGUUAGGCCUAGCUGGGUAGUGCAGUUGAGCGUGAGGCGAGAAAGAAGAAGCGAUCCUCCAAGGGUGAGAACGGGAGAUCUGCCGAAGAUAACAACCUCCCUUGUGGCCAAAGGGCGGGGGAUCCCCACGCGAGGGCUCCGUUUCGAGAGACAGCGACAAAGGAAAGUUCGUAGCGCGUUCCAGAGGCCCGGCCGCCUCUGAGAAGGGAGACGCUGCUGGGUCCGCUGAGCGGGGCGACCCGAGCCAUCCCCCAGAAAGCCGCAAACCACCAUUUCUUGAGUAGCGUAGAAUGCUGUAUAAUCUUCAAUCAUCUGAUCAUGGUGGGACUCCUCUGCAUGUGUAGUUAACUUAUAUAGAAUUGGUCAUAGGAUCACAACUUCUGAGGUCCCAGCAAGAGUCCUAACAUCUAGCAGCUCUACCACCAGGACAGGCCCCCUAAAACUAAUUCCAACAAGCACCUCUGAAGUCUUCUCAUUCACAGGUUAAGGCUACCUUUCCAGAUAGUCCAACAGCUAAAUCACCAGUUUCCAAGGGCAUUUACGUCACCUAUGGAAAGCAUCGGAUCCUUUUACACCAGAUGUUCUUGACAGCUCAUCCCAUCAUUCCCCACUGCACAAAAGUUGCUAUACCAGCGGACAACCAAGACAACUACUGAGCUUCUUUUCGUUGUCAAGUAGAUAUAAUAUCACUGCCAGCAAAACAGCACAAAAAGUGUCUCUUCACAGUAUCACUACCAAUUGGGACUAUGCUAAGUAAAUCAGCUUGCCUAGAUGAGGACCUCUUGUAUUCUUGGGUAGCCAGGAUUUGAAGGAGAUACUCUGACCUGUGCCACUGGUAAGUGACUAAAUACUUUUACACAUUGAACUGGUCCUGAAAACUAAGAUGUCUUCUUUGUAAGUGAAGAAUAUACAACGUAAUCUUGAAGAACAGCACAGUGGUGUGGGCCGCAAGCAUACUUUAUGUGCGUAAUGGACUGAGAGACAAAUUAAUCUUGGCGAAAGGAUUUUUCAUCUCUUAUUUCUAUUUGCCAGUGUUAGUAAGUGUUCUGCUGGCUUAGAUUAUUACCUUUUUCUGGUUUCUUACUCUGUUUUAUUCAGAUGGGUCCUAGAAAUCCCUCUCCUGACCACUUGUCAGAUUCAGAAAGUGAGGAAGAAGAAAACAUUAGCUACCUAAAUGAGAGUUCUGGGGAAGAGUGGGAUUCCUCUGAAGAAGAGGACUCCACGGUACCCAACUUAACGCCUCUUGAGAGUCUUGCCUGGCAGGUUAAGUGCCUUUUAAAAUAUUCCACGACUUGGAAACCUUUAAAUCCUAAUUCCUGGUUGUAUCAUGCUAAACUCUUGGAUCCAAGCACACCAGUCCAUAUACUUCGAGAGAUAGGUCUAAGACUCUCCCAUUGUUCCCACUGUGUCCCCAAACUGGAACCAAUUCCUGAAUGGCCCCCUCUGGCCUCUUGUGGAGUCCCACCUUUUCAAAAGCCUCUUACAAGUCCCAGCCGGCUCUCUAGAGAUCAUGCCACUCUAAAUGGAGCACUGCAAUUUGCCACCAAACAGCUAAGCCGAACAUUGAGUAGAGCCACACCCAUACCUGAAUACCUAAAACAGAUCCCUAAUUCUUGUGUUUCUGGGUGUUGCUGUGGCUGGCUGACUAAAACAGUUAAGGAAACAACUCGUACUGAACCCAUCAACACUACUUAUUCUUACACUGACUUCCAAAAGGCAGUUAACAAACUCCUAACUGCAUCACUGUAAAGAUCUACCAUUUGCUGUGAUAUCUCUGAUGUUGCUAAUUGAGAAAGGGGUACAAAGUUAGUCAUUACACAGCCCACUAAUGUCUUCUCAGUCAAACUAUCUUAUGCCCUGGCAAGCCAAAGAGGAUACCCUUUGACAAACCCUGUGGAUAAAAUGAUAAUAUCAAGGCCAGGCGUGGUGGCUCACGCCUGUAAUCCCAACACUUUAGGAGGCUGAGGUGGGCGGAUCUCCAGAGGUCAGAAGUUUGAGACCAGCCUUGCCAACACAGCGAAAUCCCAUCUCUACUAAAAAUAAAAAAAAAAAAUAAGCUGGGUGCAGCAGUGCACGCCUGUAAUCCCAGCUACUCGGGAGGCUGAAACAGGAGAAUCACUUGAACAGGGAGGCAGAGGUUGCAGUGAGUCAAGAUUAUACCACUGCACUCCAACCUGGGUGACAGAGCAAGACUCAGUCUCAAAACAACAACAACAACAACAACAAAAAAUACCAAUGGAGAAUUAGUUAAGGGGACCAUAUUACAAAAGCCAGUUGAAUAUUCUUCACACUCACUUCUCACCCUACCCAUUCCAAUUUACUCUGCCUUUCUGAAUGACUUUAAUGAGAUAUCUGAUUAUUAAUGAAGAAAAUUAGACCACCACCCCUUUUGUUAUCCAGACUUCAGAACAGCCGUUAUUGAAAGCUAGAGGUUAGCUACCCACAGUAAUACCUUUCUGAGCAUACCCUUCUCUAACAUGCAUUCCUAUGGAGGUAGUUGAAUUAAAUUGAGUAACUACACAAAGGAAAAUGGCAGGGAUGGGGAUUUCUUUCCCAGCUUUUAUAUAGAUGUGCCUACCUAGGACACUCUUUAGGGUUCCUUUUAUUUUUUCUUUUUUUGGCAGGGGGUGGGAGCGGUAGGGAGGAGUACAAUUUUAAGCUUAGCCUGUACUACUCCAAACUUACUAUGGUACUUAAAUUACAUCAUGAACGUUCUAUAUCAGAGUCUCCUACCAGGCUGUCUCUGGCUAAAUCAGCCUAUAAGAUCAUCCCUUGGGAUUAAACAAACACCUGUUCUGUAGAGAAUGUGUUUCCUGAAUCUUGGUACUCAGACUUUUGUCAAGAGUAAAUAAAAUACCUUUCAAAAGAUUAAUGGAAAAUGAUUAAGAGAGCAUUUCUGCUUUCAGUAUUAACUGCUAAUGGAUUAAAAUUUUAAUCUGUAUAGCAUUUCCUGGAGUAAAAGUUCAAGUACUUUCCACAUCCAUUGCAAACGUCAGGAACCCUUCUAAUUUUAAAGAACCUUCUUAUUAGAAAAUCUCAGCCUAAUACAAUCUGAAGUUAAGAGUUUCAGCAGCAUUGUUUUUCUAAGGAGAUUUAGCUAUAGAUUUUCUUUUGGCCAAACAAGGAAGAGUAUAUGCCCUUGUAAAUGAGGCUUGUUUUGUUUAUUUAAAUGAGUCAAAACAUAGAAAUCAGUAUACGUAAAAUAAAAUGCAUGAGACUAUUAAAUCCUUUCAUAUACUCUACAAAUAAAAUGAAAUCUGUGUGUGGUCCUGGUUGACUGGACAUCUAAAGGGAAUCAGAAAAGAGAUUGUGAAAAGUGUAUGUGUGUGUGUAUAUAUAUAUAUAUAUACUCUUCCUUAUUUGAGUUUUGCUUUUUCCUAUUCUCCAUAAUUAAGUGCUGUUUACAAGGUGGCAUCAAAAAAUUGAAGCAGGCCAGGCACUGUGGCUCAUGCCUGUAAUCCCAACACUUUGGGAGGCUGAGGCAGGUGGAUCACUUGAGUUCAGGAGUUCGUGACCAGCCUGGCCAACAUGGUGAAAACCCAUCUCUACUAAAAAUACAAAAAUUAGCCGGGCGUAGUGGCGUGCACCUGUAAUCAACAGCUAUUUGGGAGGCUGAGGCAGGAGAAUUGCUUGAACCUGGGAGGUGGAGGUUGCAAUGAGCCGAGAUCGCGCCACUGCACUCUAACCUGGGCAACAGCAAGACACGUCUCAAAAAAAAAAAAAAAAGGCAGUUAGGAAUCAUAAAUUGUGUAAUUGUAUAGCAAUUUUAAGAAGACAGAAGAAUGCUUAUAACCUAAUGAAUAUUUCUGCUGAGCCUUAGUUGUCUAAAGGAAAAAAAGAGGGAAUUGUAGAUAAAAGUAUUUGUUAGUGGAAAUUAUUGACCUGAAACCAUAUCAUAUUGUUAGUGUAACUGAAUGUAUCAGAAAUUGUUCCUAUGUAGAUAUUCUGUGAAACUGGUUUCUAAAAUGUUACAGGAAACCCCCUUUUUUUUUUUUUUUUUGUUUAAGGGGAGGUGGGAGGAGGUAGGCAAGAGGUCUGAAUAUUAAAAUAUGUUGAUGUUUACGUGUUCAUAAUAUGUUCUUUUUCCUCUCUUGGUGUGUGUAUAAAAGUGCCUUGCUCAUGAAUGCAUAUUUGCUCUUCACUUCGAAAGGAAGCCUUUCCCCAGCUUGGCAGCUGAAUAAACCGAUAGCUUUGUACAUGUUGAA